AUGGAGGCUGGGGUGGAUGCCGCCAUGCCAUUUGGGUGCCUUGCCCUGCGAGAUGGGCGGAACUUAGACGACAUCUCUGAUGUCACCGACAAGUACGAGAUUGGACAGGUCCUCAAAGCGAAGGAGUUCUGUGAGCUGUGUAUGGCUAAAGACAGACAGACCAACAAGGUCUUUGUCUGUAAGAAGUUUCUCAAGAAGGACGGGAGGAAAGUACGCAAGGCUGCCAAGAAUGAAAUCCUGAUCCUCAAAAUGGUCAACCAUCCAAACAUUCUCCAAAUGAUCGACACUUUCGAGACGCGGAAGGAGUACUUCAUCAUCCAGGAGCUGGCUACAGGUGGUGAUGUGUUUGACUGGAUUCUGGACCAGGGGAAUUACACAGAGAGAGAUGCUUCCAACGUGAUCAAACAGGUUCUAGAGGCUGUAUCCUAUCUACACUCACUCAACAUCGUACACAGGAACCUCAAGUUGGAGAACCUGAUGUACUACACAGAGAAUAAUCACAACAAAGUGGUUCUGCGAGAUUUCUACCUGUCCAAGUUUGAGAACGGUUCCAUCACAGAACCCUGUGGAACACCGGAGUACCUGGCUCCUGAGGUUGUGGCCAGACAUCGGUAUGGUCGACCAGUGGACUGUUGGGCAGUAGGGGUCAUCAUGUACAUACUUCUGUCGGGGAAUCCUCCGUUCUACGACGAGACAGAAGAAGAGAACACAGACCUUCACAACCGAAUCAUCUUCUGUCGUAUCAUAGCUGGGGAGUUUGAGUUUGACGCUCCUUACUGGGACGACAUCUCUGUUCCAGCUAAGGAGUUAGUGUGUAGGCUGAUGGAGGUGGACCAGAUGCUGAGAAUCACAGCUGCAGAUGCUCUCUUACACGAGUGGAUUGCUGGUAACGGGGCCUCGGAGAAGAACCUGAAGGAGGGAGUGUGUGCCCAGUUUGAGAAGAACUUUGCAAAGGCCAAAUGGAGGGAGCUGAAGCUCCGGACCAUGGAUCGUCCCCGGAGGAACCGGAUCGUGGAUCAUCGGAGGAGGAACCUGGCCGUGAAUCAUAGCCGGAAGCUCCGGCUCAUAGAACAGCGCCGGAGGAACCGGACCGUGGAUUGUCGCCGGAGGAACCAGGCCAUGGAUCGUCGCCGGAGGAACCUGGCCGUGGAUCGUCGCUGA